AUGAAUACGAUCUCAGGACUAAGUAAGGUCUCAUUCCUGCAACAGACUCCGUUCAUUCAGGUUGACUCAAUGGGAGCGAUCGACCCCCAUGCUUACACGAGCGGUCGGUGGUUACGGCACGACAAGGUGGAACAUGACUCGCGCUACAUCAAGUUCAAUUUCGAAGCCCUUUGCCAGAGGGUUAUUGAUCUAUGUCCUGGAGCAGACGCCAUCGCAACUUGUCGAAAGAUCGAAGGAGGUUUCAAUAGGGUGUUUAUUUUCAUGUUGAAUAAUGCCAAGCAAAUUGUGGCGAGACUUCCAUUUCCGUUAGCUGGGCCAGCGAAACUGACCACUGCUUCUGAGGUCGCCACAGUUUGCUACCUACAAGCAAGGACCAGCAUCCCUAUUCCUACGAUCCUCGACUGGCAUAAUGAUGCUGCAGAUGCAGACAAUCUCAUCGGUAGCGAAUAUAUAAUCAUGGAACACGCAGCUGGUGUCCCAUUGCGCGAGAAAUGGCAGGAAAUGACUGGGGAUCAGCAAGUCAGGUGCAUAGAUGCGAUUUACCGAAGGACCAAAGAAGCAGUUGACCUGGAAUUUCCGGCAUUCGGGAGCAUAUACUUCAACAAGACUCUUGAUUCACAUUGCAGAAAAUACUUAGAUAAGGAUUUCUGUAUUGGACCGCACUGCAAUACACGAUACUGGGACUGCAAUCCAGGAGAACAUAGAUAUUAUGAUAAGGCAAAGUCGAAUCACGGGCCUUGGACCAGUAUUGACGAGUACUGCGAUGGCCUCAUUGACACUGGAAUUUUGAGGGUACCUCCAACGAAUACUGAAGUUGAGAAAAAGCCACUCUAUCAUGGAUCGGUUCAAACACACUUGCGCCUUUUAGAAUGCGCCCGGACUGUGCUAAGGCAAAUCGCCGCGGAUUCUCGGAUCCAAACCGCUGCCUCACCGUUAUUAUUCCACCCCGACUUGCAUAUGAGAAACAUAUUUGUUUCAGAAGAUGAUCCUUCUCUCAUCAGCAGUAUUAUUGACUGGCAGGCAGCUAGUGUCGAGCCAGCAUUUUGGUAUUCAGAUGAAGUGCCGGACUUUGCGACAGGAAAUGACAUCUGCGCCAAGACUUUUGAACUCUCCUCACAGUUUCUAACACCCAAACUCUCUGGACCAAGGUUGAUGAAUGAAAACCUCUUUCGUCCUUUUCGCUACUGUUACAGGACGUGGAAGGAUGGCGCAGUCGCUUUACGUCACGAGAUGAUUGAAACUUCCCGACAUUGGAGAGAGCUAGGACUUGAAGGUCAAUGCCCAUACCCAAUACCCACGUCAGAAGAACUAGCGAAUCAUGAGAUGGAGUACAAACUUUUCGAAGCAGCACAGAAUCUGCGACGUGACUUGUCAAGCUUGCUCAACACAGCAUCAGAUGGUUGGGUACCCUUAGACAACUGGGAAGCGACAGAAGUGGCCCACAAGGAACUGUUCAAUGGGAUGUUGCAGGCUGUCGCGACUAACGCAGACCUGGGUGAUGACGAGCCCAUAAAAGAUGAAAACACUCUGAGAUCUAUCUGGCCUUUUGACGUUGAUGGAUGA